CUGUGGAAAUAAGUCCGAUUGCGAUUCCGAGACCGACAUAUUUUUUAGAACCGACUUCCGACGAUUUGAUGAUUGAUCCAGUUGGUCGUCUUUCUGUCUUAUUUCCAGUGUCUUAACGUGUAAAUUAAUUUCUAAUCAUCAUGAUUGCCUCACGAACCAUUGUAUCCAGGCUAUUUCAACAAUCUGUGAGGCGCUACCACAAUGAACACUUCAAGCCGCCCACCAUGGACGAGCUGCCGGUACCCCGCGGCUCCUGGCAGACUCAGUACGACGCCAACCAGCGCCGCUACAACCUCGCCCUUUUGUUUGGAAUCGCCUUUACUGCUGGGACUUUGGUUGUUGCCAAGGCGUCUGGACUGGUGUACCUGAACUACUCGCCCCCGAAGUCUUUGGAUUAAUUUUGCUGUGAAAUUAAGAUAUAUUCAAAUUUUGUAAAAGAAAUGUCAGCAAUAAGGAAUACGACUUUGUCAGUUACAUUUACAAAAAUUGAAUAAAAAUCAAUGAAUAGUCGGUUUAGUAUUCUAAUCAAUA